AUGGAAAACACAUCCACUUUUAAGUUUUUCAUUUUAUAUGGAAUGCAGGAAUUGGGGAGAAACAAGCCAGUGUAUUUUGUCUUGACAUUUGUUUUGUAUAUUAUAAUUAUUACACUUAACUUAACUGUGAUUAUAACUGUUGUAGUGCAAAAAAGCCUCCACGAGCCCAUGUAUAUUUUCCUGUCUAAUUUAUGUGCAAAUGGACUGUAUGGGACUGUUGGUUUCUACCCUAAGUUUCUGUUGGACUUAUUCUCUGAUAUAGCUGUGAUUUCCUACACACUGUGUAUCUCUCAAGCCUUUAUAAUAUAUACCUCUGCCAUGUGUGAAAUUGCUAUUUUGACAGUGAUGGCUUAUGACAGAUAUGUAGCAAUAUGCAGGCCAUUGCAAUACCACAGCAUUCUUACCCCUCGAACUGUUUUAAAAUUGUUAUUACUCGCUUGGUUUUAUCCUCUCUCAAUGGCAGUUGUAUCAGUUGCUCUCACGGUUAGAGUACCCAUUUGUGGAUCAUUCAUUGGUAAGCUAUUUUGUGACAAUCCUUCAAUACUAAAGCAGGGAUGUUAUCCAGUUACUGCAAACCGCCUGUGGAGUAUAACUAUGAUUGUGGGCCAAGCUAUGCAGGCAGUUUUAAUUUUUGUGUCAUAUGCUCAGAUUGUACAUAUUUGUAUAGAAUCCACUGAGGGCAGAACAAAGUUCACUCAAACCUGUUUACCACAUAUACUAGCAGUCUUCAUUACCACCCUUGCUAUGCUGUUUGAUCUUUCAUACAGUUGGGAUAGUUCUGCAAAUCUUCCUCUUGGUGUACGCAAUGCAUUGGGCCUACAAUUUUUGAUUCUCCCUCCUUUUUGUAAUCCACUUAUAUAUGGUCUACAGCUCCCCAGAAUCCGAAAAACUGUCUUUGAAAGUCUUGGCUGUUCCAAGAACAAACACAUGAAAAGGAAAGUGAGAGGCAGCAGGCCUCCAUGA